AGCAAUUAUUGGCGUCCCAUACAAAUAUUAUUUGUAAAACAAAUCCUAAUUUAACUCUAUGUAUAAUAUACUUAUCAAAAAUGUCUUCUACCCAACCGGUAGCGUCCUCCUCUACAAAAGCGAUGCGACAAAUGGCCGAGAGACUGCUAAAAACACAAUCCCAACUAAUGCAACCAGGUCCAGUAAAUCCACCAGAGUUAGAUAACCACCCCACCCAUCAUUCCUCCGCUGGGAUCAAAUUACGAAGUCGCACCCCAUACCAUGCACGCCCUCAUUUACAACUGAUUAACGACGACCAAAGAAGGAUCAAACCUCCCCAAACUUAUCGCAAGGAGACGCCGUCUAACUAUUGUCUGAAGAAUUAUCAGUCCUCCUCCUACUCCACGAUACAAGAUGAUGAUGCCACACCCACCACGACUACGACUACGACGACGACCUCUUCUUCCAACAAAUUUUCCACCCUAUCGCUCACCGAGCCGAAUAAAAAGGACGACGACGACGACAACGACCCGUCCUCCCUCCUACUCCUGCAAGACUUCUGGGUCCGGACAAAAUCUCCGCUCAACUACAAUAUGACUCUCCUCCAUCAAGUCGUUCACGGUCCGACCUUCCUCGAUGCGGAUGAUGAUGAUCUUCUUAAUGACGAGUCAUCCUCCUCCUUCGCGGUCGUUUCCGCUUUAGCCGUUCCAGUAAAAUGUUUCAAAACGCGGGUGUCACAUCCCCUCGAUUUGACUGGCGAAAGUCCGGAAGGUUUCCUCCAGUGCAUGACCGUUCUAGAACAGCAGACUCAUCAUCAUCAUAACCAUCACGGUAGCAGUGGCGGCAGUGGAAAUAAUAAUAGACGACUGUUCAGCCUGUUCAUGUCGACGGGGGAGUGGCUGCUGCCCGACGACCCAGAGCCGCCCAACUUGACAGAGGAGACGCGACUUCAUAUCAAGUUUUUUAAGGAGAACAGUCCCCACUACUUUGCCGUGGCCUGGCUCCCCCUAACCCAACUCCUCCUCCACCACAAUGUCACGGGUCAGGAGGAGAUUCGCGACAAGGUGGCGAUCACCACGGUGCGGAGAAGGAUCAGAAUUGGGUCGCUCAAAUAUAAAAUUAUGUUCGGGCUGGGAGCGCAGUUGAAGAAAUACAAGCCAAAUCAACAUCAGGAGGAGGAUCUAAUAAAUAUGAGUGAUGGUGGUGGAGGUGUCAACAACGCUGGACGUGGUUCUUGUGGCAGUACUUCGUUAGUAGUAGUGACCAAAAAUAGCAACGCGUCAUGCAGCAGACCUGCCGCGACAAAUUAUUCCGGACUCGUCGUCCCACCGGAUGUCGAUUGGUCGCAAAAUUUGGAGGAUAAUUCCAGGGUUUUAAAUUCCAAGUCCUUUAUUAAAAAUGUGACCAAGAGUGACGCCACCACGAAUACGUCACCCACCACAAAAGAGCAGCAGGUCGUCUCUCUCCAGAGACAGAUUAGUGGAUUAGAACGCGUCGCCCGUAUCGUGCAGGUGAUAACUUCCACGACACCUUUCCCACCCCCGGAGGAAAUUUUAGACAAGGUGGAGGACGCCUUGGCCCCCCUUCUACUCGAAAAUAUAAAUCCCUCAGUAUCCCAACGACCAGAAUCAAGCGAACACAAUUCACAGAAUCCGUACACAUUACAAAACAAAAUUAAUUAAAUGAUGAUAACAAUUUGACGAGAUGAAAUGCACAAUAAAAUUGAAUCUCAUUUAAAGAUUA